AUGUGCCUGACGGAGGAAUGGAGGGAUAUUCAGGCGGAGGUGAAUCUGACGAAGAAGGACAAGCGGAAGAUAGCGCAGGAGCUGGAAUUCGGGGUUCGGGUGGAGAAAAAGAGACAAGGGCUGAUUCCUCUCAGGAACGUCGACUUGAACGACUAUCUGACGUACAAGGAGGCCAAGAUGAAUCAACUCAAGCCUGUGAUUCUCGACAAACCAAGCACUUUCUCCGACUAUGGAGAUGGUGGAGAGACACUAGGUGUAACAUCUCCGAGCGAGCGAGUGGCUCCAAAGAAUCCUAGGUGGGCAGUUUACGACAGGGGAUUCGACCACGUUACCAACUUCUUCAAUAGCGACAAGUACGAUGAUCCCACUGGCAACAAAUCCGAAGGGCCUAAGAAGCUGCUUUCAAAAGAAGAGAAGGUGAUCUGUGAUGGUUUUCCUCCUAGUGGGGAAACCAAUUGGGUUCACAUAAGUGUGGGGAAAUUUAUUCCGCUGCGCCAUCGGUGCUUAUUGAUUUUCCCAACAUUCUGUUCUAUUGAACUCCUGGGUUUGAUCUUGUUGACACUCCAAGCUUAUAGCCCUAAGCUACAACCUCAUGGAGACGAAACUCCUUCAACUUUUCAAUCAAUGGUUCUAUUCACUGGAAUUUAUGUGGUAGCUACCGGUGUUGGAGGUGUAAAGGCCUCGUUACCUGCUCAUGGAGGCGACCAGCUCGAUAGUCGAAAGCAGAGCCUGAUCUCAGGAUUCUUCAGUUGGUAUUGCUUCUCUCUUUGUCUUGGAGGUUUACUGGCUGUAACCAUUAUGGUUUGGAUCGAGGAGAACAAACGAUGGAGCUCCAGUUUCUUUAUUUCUACCGCGGUUUUAGCCUCCGCGCUCAUUAUAUUCGCUGUGGGAUUUCCGAUCUAUCGGUUCAAGCGCCCAACAGGAAGUCCUUUGACCAGAGUUGUAAAUGUUGUUGGUUCUGCCGCAAGAAACCGAAAUAGGUUUGUAACGGAUGCAGAGAUGAGUCAGAGCCUUAACCCUACCUACAAAAGCAUUCAUCACAACAAGUUCAAGUUUCUUGAUAAAGCAAAGCUCAACAACAAGAUCUCUGCAAUAGAAGUUGAAGAAACAAGAACGUUUCUAGCUCUCCAACCAAUAUUUGUGAGCACAAUUGUAAUGAACUGUUGCUUAGCACAACUAGGGACCUUCUCUGUAGAACAAGGCAUGUUGAUGAACAGAAAUCUCAUGCAAUCCAUCGAGGUUCCCGUUGCUUCCCUCAACGCUAUUGCUCUCAUCUUAAUGCUCUCUUCUAUAGCUUUAUGUGAACUCUUGUGGAAAAAGAUCUCAUCAAGCAAUAACGAAAGAUCAUCGAGCUUCAAUUUGAAACGCAUAGAAGCUGGUUUAGCUCUUACUUCUGUUUCAAUGGCGAUUGCAGCCAUUGUGGAGGCCAAGAGAAAACAUGAAGCAAUUCACAACAACAUUAAGAUCUCUGUGUUCUGGUUAGAGCUUAAAUAUGUUUUGUUGAGUUUCUCGGAUUUGUUGACUCUUGGAGGAAUGUUAGAGUUUUUCUAUAGAGAAUCUCCGGCAAGUAUGAGGAGCAUCAGCACGGCGCUCGGGUGGUGCUCCACCGCAUUGGGUUUCUUCCUCAGCACGGUUCUUGUCCAAGUCACUAAGGUGGUCACGGGAUGGCUCAGUGGAAAAAAUCUUAACGAGUCUAAGCUCGAACUGUUUUAUGUGCUCUUAUGUGUGCUCAACACUCUUAACCUUUUUAAUUAUAUUUUCUGGGCAAAAAGAUACUAA